CUGCUUGAUACAAGCGCCUAAAGAGAUAAAAAAAUACUGCAACCUCUUUUCCUUUUCUUAUACACGGUUUUACACGUUUAUUAUUAUAUAGUUUUUUCUUUUUUUUAUCUUUUUUCUCAUAUUUACCCACUUUUUUCGGAGUGUCCUAAUUCAGAAAAAAUAGCACCAAAAUAGAAAUCUACUUGGCAUUAUCAAUUGCAAAGUAAACCAAAAUUAGAUUCGCCGAGCGUUUACAAAUAACUCAUCUGACCCUUUCCCACCUAGCACCUUAUUAUGACUGGAAGCAACAACCAAAAUGUUCCUGGAAACCUAGAUCGGCAAUUUGCUGGUCUGGGUGUUAAUGGCUCAAAUGACAAGCAAACCCCCACUCCCACCAACACCACCACCAACAACGGUAGCAGCGCACGUCCUGCUGGCGCCCCCCACAAGGCCUACGUUCCUCCGCAUCUGCGUGGCAAACCUCUGCCCAACGCGACGCUCGAGCGCACAGCGUCGUGGAGCGGAAACCCGAAUUCCAUUGGCAGAAGCCCCUCAGUGGAGCGCCCCGCCGCCGGAUCAGUCGAUCAGGCCCCGGCUGGAGCUCGCAUUGACUCCGCCGAUGCACGCAGCGGACAGGGAUGGUCGAGCCGCGCCGAGCCCAUGGCGCGCACCACGACCUGGGCCGGUCGCCGCGACGACAAUGUCCGCGGCGGCAACGCCGGCGCCACCCGCGCCGGGCCCCAGGGCCUGUGGGCCAACGGCAAGCACGUGCACGGCCAGUCAAACCCGCGCAUUGAGCUCGAGCUGUACGGCGUUGUCAAUGAUCCCGAGCGCAUGCAGACGGGUAUCAACUUUGAGAAGUACGAUGACAUUCCCGUCGAGUCGUCGGGAAAGAACGUGCCCGAGCCUAUCAUCAACUUUGAGGAGGCUGAUCUGGAGCCCCUGCUGCGCGAGAACAUCAAGCUGUCGAACUACACCGUGCCGACGCCUGUUCAGAAGUGGUCCAUCAGCCUGGGCCGUGCCGGUCGCGACAUGAUGGCGUGCGCGCAGACCGGUUCGGGAAAGACCGGAGGCUUUUUGUUCCCCAUCCUCAACGAGUCCUUCCGCACUGGACCAGCCGAGGCUCCGGCCGACAGCCGCGGUGGGUACCGGUCGCGCAAGGCGUACCCGAUUGCGCUGAUCCUGUCGCCUACACGCGAGCUGACCUCCCAGAUUUACGAGGAGGCGCGCAAGUUCUGCUACCGCUCGUGGGUACGCCCCUGCGUUGUUUACGGCGGUGCUGACAUUGGCCAGCAGCUGCGCCAAAUUGAGCGCGGCUGCGACCUGCUUGUCGCAACGCCCGGCCGCCUAGUCGAUCUGAUCGAGCGCUCGCGGAUCAGCCUCAGCAACAUCCGCUACCUGGUUCUCGACGAGGCUGACCGCAUGCUGGACAUGGGCUUCGAACCCCAGAUCCGCCGCAUCGUCGAGAAGGAGGACAUGCCGGGCGUUGACCAGCGUCAGACGCUCAUGUUCUCGGCCACCUUCCCCAAGGACAUCCAGAUGCUGGCUCAGGACUUCCUGCGUGACUACAUCUUCCUGACCGUUGGCCGCGUCGGCUCCACCAGCGACAACAUCACCCAGCGCAUUGAGUACGUCGAGGACGGCGACAAGAUGUCGCUGCUGCUUGACCUGCUGACUUCCACUAAUACCGAGGGUCUGACACUGGUUUUUGUCGAGACCAAGCGCAUGGCUGACCGCCUCAGCGAGGAGCUGCACUACAACAACAUCCUUGCGACAUCCAUCCACGGUGACCGCACCCAGCGCGAGCGCGAGCGUGCUCUUGAGAGCUUCCGCACUGGCCGCACCCCUGUUCUUGUUGCUACCGCUGUUGCUGCGCGCGGCCUUGACAUUUCCAACGUUGGUCACGUCAUCAACUACGAUCUGCCUACUGAUAUCGAUGAGUACGUUCACCGCGUUGGCCGCACGGGUCGUGCCGGAAACACCGGUAUUGCCACCAGUUUCUUCAACCGUGGCAACCGCGUCAUCGCACACAAACUUAUUGAUCUGCUCUACGAGUCUAAGCAGGAGGUGCCAUCCUGGCUCAAUUCCGUUGCUAGUGAGAACAGCGGCUUUGGCGGCCGUGGCAGAGGCCGUGGCGGCUCUUCCAGGGGUGGAGGCAACUUCCGCGACCAGCGCUCGCAGUUCAGCCGCGGCGACCGCGACUUCCGCCAGUCCAGUGGCCCCAGCUCCAGCUUCGGCUCCCGUCCUGGCGGUGGCAACCCUACCGGUACCUCACGCAAUGGUGGAUUCUCAUCCAACAGCAACGCAAUGUCGCACAUGCCUCCGUCUAUGGACAGCGAUUCCAAGAACAGCUGGUUCUAAUAGCUGAUUUUUUUAUAUUAUAGUAUUUUCAAAACACUUUUCUUUUCAUCACUAUUGCUGUAACUAUUGAA